AUGCAUGAGCAAGACAGCAAUCCAUUGUACAACAACGGCACGGAAGAGGUCGGUCAGGAUGAUCAUGGCGAGCUCCUUCAGAGCGUGAAGCUCGUUCUGGGCGUUGAGAUCGUUCAGGAAGAGCCUCCGCCUCUGGACGUGAAGCUGCGGCUUCGGGAGGAGGGCUUCGGUACAGGAGCAGGGGCAGAAAUUUUGGCAGUGGUGGCUGCAGGUAUCACCUCAGCUGCUUUUGCCAUUGUUGCAGGUGCAGAUGGAGGUCUGACCUUGGGCUUCGGAGGCACCACUGCUGGAGCUUUUGAUUUGGCGGGAGGAGCUGCAGAUGAUUUCUUCACUGGCGGUGGAGGCAACGAAGGCGAGCUCAAAAAGGAAGAGCAGGAGGACGAGAAGGUGAAGCUGGAGGACUCUGAGGGCACGCCUGGUCGCGCCACUUCACGGGCACAGCCCAAGCUGCUUCGGCGGGUGAUUGUGAAAACGGCCAAAGAAGCUGCGUUUGAAAAGAAAUUGCUGGAAAACACCGCUCGCUUCCAGAGAGGGAUGGCCUUCCACCUCAACUGGAUGUUGAAGAAAUUGAAGGAGGAAGAGCUGGAACUCAGAAAGAAGGUUUGGGACAACCUACACCUCGUCAGCCACUUGCCAGAGGAUGUUUUUGCAGCAUGGGCCCCCAGCAGGGACAAGGCAGUCGAUCCCUUGAACUCGACUGGUGGCUUUGCACCCGCAGCAGGCUUGUUGUGGCGCAUUGUGAAUGGUCAAGCCAUUCAAUGGAGCUGGGCAAUCCGCCAUUUGAAGUUCCUCCUGGCCGAUGAGCAGGUGACGAGUGGUUGUUCUUCAACACCUCUUGGGGGCAUUGCCUUUGCGUCUGGGCAAGCCGCCGCAGACACCCCGCCAAGCCUGGCGAUGGAUGACACAGGCAGUAUGUGGCGUUCCUCCUGUCUGGACUGUGCCAUUGGAGCAGCAUGGAUUGGCAUCAUUUUCGACAGCCCCCAAGAGGUGGCGUGCAUCGAAAUAUAUCAGUCUGGAGAAGAGCCGUUCAGCGCAAGUACCAUACACCUGGAGCGUUGGGGUGGUUCCUCGUGGAUUUUGUCUAAGAGCUUUAACAGUGUAAGUGUUGGAGAAGCGGUCUUAUUGAAUCAAGCUUGGGUGGAGCCUGCUGCCUUUCAACGUGCCCGUGUGGCCAACCGAGAGAGCUCGGCAGGGUUGACCUGGGCAGUCGCCGAGCUGCGCUUCUUUGCUAGUGUGGAGUGUACAGUGGAGGUGACAGGAGUUGCCUUCAGUUCUAGAUCUUCCGGCGACUUCAGGCUGCAGGAGGCGCAGGGUGGGGGCUUCGGCUUUGCCGAGAUGGGAUCGUCAAGAUUGAGUCUUAGGACCGGAGAUCUCAAGGGCGCAGAGGAGCUCUACCAAGAAGCACUCCAUUUGCUUGGCCUUGGGGGCGGUGGAGACGGGGCAGAUCUAGAAGAUAGGUCAGAUCGGUCUCCCUCUGCAGAAGCUGCAGAAUUGCUACAUCUCUUGGGAGCCCUCAAGGUCCAGAAGCUUGUCGGGGAAGACGACGAGGCUGAAGCUAGCGAAUCUGUAGCAGAGGAGCUGUGCGUAGCGCAGGCGCUGCUUCGUGGUGCUUUGGCGGUGCUGCCAGGGGAUGCCAGCGUGAAUGCGCGGGCGAGGCUGCUGUGCUCCUUGGGCACGGCCUUGCUCCACGCGCCCGGGCGACGCAAUGCCUCGCCUGGCUGCGGUCGGUCCAAGGGCGCCUCUCUAGAGGAAGCCUUGCAGCUGUUGCGGGAGGCCUGCAAGUUGGAUGAGACGCGCUGGGCUGCGUGGUACAACGCUGCGCGGGGCAUGGCUUUGCUGUUGCUGGAGAAGGAGAAGGCAAAGUCCUGCAAAGAUGAGAUCAAAGCUUUGGAAGAGGAGAAGUUGCAAGCGCUCCGGCAAGCUCUACGGCUGAAGCCUCGGCAUGCGGGAUGCCUCUACCGACUGGGCAUGAGCCUUCGUGAGCGAGGAGACCAUGAGGAAGCUGCCAAGGCGUUGGAGGACUUUCUGUCCAUCUCUGGCCCAUCACCCCAAGAGGCUGAGGCAUCCAAGGCCACCUCUGCUUCAUCCAGGCGGAAAGCGGGCGCAAGGCAUUGGCUAGCUGUGUUGCGUGGCGAGACGACUGCCUCCGCUCCGGCAGAGUAUGUCGCGGGUCUCUUCGAUGGCUAUGCCGAUCGAUUCGAUGAACAUUUGGUUGAAACCUUGGAGUAUCGGACUCCAGAGCUGCUGUCCCAAGAGCUCGUGCAGAUGAAAGCCGUUAUCGCUGCAGAAUCUGAUUCGGAAGAGCCACUCUUCGGGGUGUGUGCAGAUUUGGGCUGCGGAACUGGCCUCAUGGGCCCGUACUUGCGUGAACUUGGGGUCACAUAUUUGGAGGGUGUUGACCUAUCAUCCAAGAUGCUUCAGGUCGCCAAGGAGAAGCAACGUGGCUAUGACCGACUUCUUUGUGGUGAUUUGGUGGACGUGUUCCAAAGCGAUACCAAAUUUGACCUGGUGGUGGCAGCAGACGUUUUCGUCUACGUCGGCGACCUGGCACCGGUGCUGCGCGCCUGCCACGCGCGGCUUGCGGACUGUAGGUCUGUCGUGGCCUUCAGCACUGAGGCCCCGCCGCGGAGCGGCAGUGCCAACGAGCAUGAGUCCGCUCUGGCCGAGGGCACUUUCAAGCUCGCUGAGACUGGGCGCUACAUCCACACAGCUUCAUACGUGCGGCAGUGCGCAGAAGAGGUUGGUCUUAAGUUCAACAUGAAUGUGUUGACUUCCGAACUGUUCCUGCGUGUGCAGUGUGGUGGUCGCAUAGUGUCACUCUACGUGCAUUUUGUGUUGUGGAAGCGAAGUAACGUGAUCCUUCGCAGGAAUGGUGGAAAGCCCGUGUACGGCCACUUGCACAUAUUGCGGAAGAUGGAGAUGCCGCAGAAAUAG